AUGGAGUACUCAGCAGGGUCUCGCCCUGUUAGUCGAAAUCACUUCAUCGUGGAAGAUGCGUGGACGAAGCCCACAACGUCGACCUCCAGACACAACCAUCAGCCUGUUGCAUCGUCAUCUCGAAAUCCAGCAGCCCCCUCUCGCGCAGGCAGGUCCUCACCCCCUAGUGCAUCUCCCAGUCCUCCAUGGGCAGGGAAUUUCUUGGGACGUAUUCCACCCGCCGCGAAGAUCACACCCGUUCCACCUGUGCCGCCAUCUGCAACCUCGGCAUGGCUUCCUCCAGCACCUCAAGAGCCAAGUGGUACUACCAUCAGGCCCACUCAUCCUCCAGCUGCAUUCCAAGACUCCAACCCGUUCCUUGUCCAGCAAGACUCGUCGAACGUCCUACAAACCUGGACAUGGCCGCUGGCCGACGAUAGCACUCUGACAGGAUUUUCGACCGAUAAUCCCAAUUCAAAUGGGGUAGCAACCACUACGCCGACGAAGAAACCCCUCUGGCAACAGUAUGGAGGGUUCUACCGUCCCAUCGACGACGUAUCCAAGCCCUGGCAGCCAAGUCCUGCACCAUCCUCACCUCUGCCCGUCCCUAAUGCGCCGGUAUAUGUUCAAGAUCAGAAAGCUCCAGGCCUGUCCGGUACAGUACGGACUCAGCACCAUUCAACCCCGCCCCAAACUCCUGCAAGAGGACCUCAGGUUGCGAUCACAACUGUGAACAAUAAUUCGACGCCGACACCUGUAUAUCAGUUGACGUUGCAGAAUCAAGGGUCGCCUGCGAGGAGCGAGGAGAGUGGGAGUAGUUCGGCGAGUAGUGGUGUUUUGUCGGGGAGUUGGGUGCCGUUGCCUUUGCCUGUUGUUCGAGUGGGGAAUGAGGGGCGGGGGAGGCCGAGGGCUGGGUCGGUACCUACGAUAUUGGAAAGGGAAGAGGAGGAGGAGGGAAGGAGGGAAAGGAAGGGGCUACAAAGGAGGUUGACGGGUUCGAAGUGGAAGAAGAGGGUCAUUGGGUGGUUAGGGUCUGACUCGAGGAAGAAAAGGGACGAUGAGAGUUCCAUUGUCAGUGUGGAAACUAAAGUAAAGGGAGACAAAUUGAAAGUGAAGGUUCCUGCUCCGUUGGUCAUGGACGAACCUGUGGCUGCACCCUCGCCCCCAGCUCCUCCGACCCUCCCUGACCGAGUCAAACCGCACGAAUGGAAAGAGUGGGGAUACUACGCUCGACCCUACAUCAGAGGUGUUCAGGUCUACAAUACGCCUUCGCCGUAUCUUGCGCCGCUAGGUAGCGUGGAGUCGCAGGUCAACUAUCAGGUCCAACACAUCUCUGAAACCAACCUCACCCCCUCUCAAGUAUUUGACAGUCUCGUCGGACCCGAUGGUCUGACUCCUCAUCCUGAGAAUUGGAAACUGGGUAUGGAACACCCAAGCCUUCCUCCCCGGCCCAAACGAUGGGCUGAAUACCCUGACCCGGCCAAACCACUUCCGUUCCCUUGGGAAGUCCAACUCAACCCCUUCUUGGAGCACAUCCUCUACGGCGUGCCGCGGAUGUACUGGGACAUCCGGUGCGAUAUUUCGGCAUGCCAACAUGGUAUCCCCAACGAUACGCGUUGUCGCCCCCUCCUCCCAGCAGACCUCUCCCAGCCGGCCUCUUACCCCUUCCUUACCCACUUGUACAUCAACGCCCUCGCUGACGACAUCUCGCCCAAAUUCCAGUGGCCAAUCAUGGUAUCCAACCCUUAUGGCGUCAAAGUGCGCGACGUUGUCAGUUCGAUCUACGAAAACUUUCAGGAGUAUGUGUUUGAGAAAGAGUUUUGGGGAUGGGGGUUGACAAGGCGGCGAGAGGCGAGUAAAGCGAGGAGGGAGAGGUGCGAUCCAGAGGGUGUAAAUGCAUGGGGGCUGGAAUUGGGGGUUAUGCCUGGUGGGAGGGAUGAUAGGAUGAGGAGGAUUGAUUAUCUGGGUGGGAAGACGCUGUUUAGGGGUCUCGCCCCCAAUCCGGAUGCAACAGGAUGGGUUCUGUAUCUGGGACAAGAUUAG